GUGGGCGACCUCGCCCUCGGAACGCGCAUAGACGCGACCCUAUCGUCACCAGAAGCAGAUCGGCUAACCCGCGAGCAACCAAUAUGGCUGCCAAUGUGCAAAAUCCGGUUCCGCAACAAAAUGCUAAUCCACCCAAUCAACGUGCCCCACGUGCACGAGCUCCCAUGUUGCCACCAGAUCUCUAUCUAUUUGAUCUGGCGCACCAUCUCGCAGGAGCAUGGCUGGCUACGCUUAGAGCACAACAGUACGAUGAUCACGAAGCACAGAUCAACAUUCCGGCCCGAAUGGGAGGAGACGCCCAUCAUUGGUAUAGUACCUGUGUAUGGGUGGAUCUCCCGACCUUCGAACGAGAUUUUAUGAACCGAUUUGAUUAUGUCCACCCAGAGCAAGCGCUGUACAUGAUCAAGGACCGAGUGCAAAAACCGCUCGAAUCCGUUGCAGAAUAUCGAAACCGGUUCUACAGGAUGUUCGUAAAAACUGAGCGAGGAGAGCAAGUAGGGAGAGAUCUGUUCAUUGACGGACUCCGUAGUCGAACAAUAAGGGCGAAGUUGUGGAAGCAAUUUUCCCCCAUCACUUAUACGCUACAACAAAUUAUGGCUGUUGCGGAAGAAAUGGAACGGAAGUUCGCGGCGAACUUCCUGGAAGGAGAAGACUACCCUAGAGACGGAGAUUCGACCGAGCUCGCACGUGCGAGAGCAGAGCUGGCUGCCUUGCAUAACAAAUUUGAAAACAUGGGAUUUGUAUCAGGACCUGUCACCUAUAUGGAACAGAUAGGCCCCAAACGAGUAAUCCUAAGCGAGACUCCGAGCAUCUCUGCUCCUAUGAUGCCCCCGCCCGUCAGGGCGUUACCACUGCCACCGGCUAAGGCUCCCGCACGAACAAACGAAUCAGCGGCCAUUUUCGAACUAACCAAGACCUUGAUUAGUUCGUUCCAAGAAAGCAAAAAGGAGCAGCGAGAGCACAAUGCUCGGCUGGAAGCCAUGAUGAGGAACAUGCGACCCAUUGCGGUACGCGCCCCUCCGAUGCAGCAAGGAUUAACCCCGACCCCUGCGCUCGGAGGAGUCGCAAAUAAUCUGAAUGUCUGUUAUGCCUGUCAUCAGCCAGGACAUCUAGCCCGUGAUUGCCCCCACCGACCCCCGCAACAGCGAAUUGGGGCCGCACCUAUGGCUGCGGCUCCCAUCGCCAACGGACCUGGACGAGUCGGAGCCCUGAUGGAAGAAGUAGAAGGUGGGGGAAGUGCCCUGGCCACCACGGAAGAGGCCGCCGAACUAAUCCCGUUAGAUCAGUAUGUGUCGCUGGGAUAUCCUGGGCUUGGAAUGAUCGGAACAAUCAGACCAGUGCCAGAACCAAAAGAGGUGGCGGAGUGGCGACCGUCCCUAGGAGAAAUGGAGUCAGGAGGACCCACCUUCGUCACAGGAGAGAUCGAUGUAUUAAACAUCGUCCGAGCCUUGGAUCAUCGGAUUCCCCUUCCGAUCGGUCAUCUACUCUCGAUCUCCGAGCAAGCCAACGAGCGAAUGUUACAGCAUUGCAAAGCGAAUCGAAAGCGAUUCGCCCUCACCCGAGCACUGAACUCCGAUAUCCACCCCCGCCUUUCCUACUGUCUAAAGCCCCUUGCUGUCCCCGAUAUCCAUCCUCCCCAUUGGGUCCUGUGGCGCGAAGACUUCAUCGAGCUUUCACUGUGCUUGGUUGAGGUACGACUGACGUGGAUCGAGGACGAAGUGCACCCGCCUUGCAUAGAGCGCCUGGAGUUGCUGUUCAUUCAGGCCUGGCGAACCAACGUGGAGGGAGAACUUCUUGCAUUUCUAUUCGGUACUGUGCGGCCCGGUCAUCAGGAACUCAUCACGCAAGAGCUCACGAUCCCGGUAGCGCAACUGGCGGACGAUCUCCCUCUCGACAUCAUCUCGCAAGACGACGAGCAUCCAAUUCCCCAUGUACUUUCUCGCACGUUGACACCUUACCUUCAGUGGUCGGCUUGUGUAGAGGGAGCCGCAGAACGCAUCCCGCCGUCGCAGCAACAAUAUUUGGAUCCCCGGACGGUUCGCAAUCCUACCUUCUUCAGGCAUCCUACGGCGGAGCAGUUUGCGGCCAUUCGAGAAGAAGAGGAGGAGGAAGAGAGUACCGGGAGUGACGAAGAGCUCGAUGAAGAAGACGAAACCCCCGAAGAAGGAAGCUAUAGCGAGCAUAGUGAGGGGGAACAAAGCGAAGAAGAAGAAGAGGACGAGGAAGGAGAAGAGGAGCACGACGAAGAGCCUGCUGGAUCGGAGUGGGAAGCCGUGCCAGAAGAAGCGCUGCGUACGGGUACAGAAGCAGAAGAUCUCGAGGCGGCCCGCAAAAGAAAAGAGAUCGCAGCCGGGAAGGAGUUAGAGCUCGCAAGCGCGGCGAGCCUGCAGAUCACCGACGACCCGAACCGAGAUCCGGAGCCGCCCCGGCCUGAAGAUGGCGACCUCACAGCCACGACUCCGACCCCAUCAGCGCGGCGACGGAGCCGAUCCCCCUCCUCCUCAACCCGUCCCCCAGUUUGCCGACGUACCGAUACGGGCGAUCGGCCUUCGUCCCCGAUCACUCUCUCACCGUCCCCUUGACUACCUCACCCUCCACCAGCUCACCACUCCCAUCACGUUCCUCUCCAAUCCGUUUCCCCGCGACACCUUCUGCCACUUCUAC